UGCCCCUGCGGCGCUGGGGAUGGAGGCCCGGCGGUAGCCUGCUCUCGCAAACGCGGGGCUCUGAGAACCCGGAAGUUACGCCAUAGGCGCGCGCCAGGGGAGCGGGAGUCAGCUGAGCUGCCGGGCGAGGUUGGUUGGGAUCUGCUAAGGAGAGCUUGGGAUCUCUUGGGGCCUGAGUCGGAUGCAAGUUUGCUCCAGAUUCAAGGGGAAGGACUCCCCCACCUUCUUCCACUAUAAGGCGAGAGGAAGAAGGUCCUCAGGACUUUAAAAAGGAGGCGGCGGUGGCAGGUUCCCAAGAUCUGUCAGAGGCUGGGGAGUCGCAGCUUCCAGUCGGGGCGACGGGGAUCCCUGGGGGGAGCCCAGUCGUGAUCUCCGCGCCCCGGACGAAGGACUCAGGCCAAGCACCAUGGCAUCCAUCCUGGAUGAGUACGAGGACUCGCUGUCGCGCUCCGCAGUCUUGCAACCCGGCUGCCCUAACGUGGCAAUCCCCCACUCGGGGUAUGUGAAUGCCCAACUGGAGAAGGAAGUGCCCAUCUUCACAAAGCAGCGCAUUGACUUUACUCCUUCUGAGCGUAUCACGAGUCUUGUGGUCUCCUGCAAUCAGCUCUGCAUGAGCCUGGGCAAGGAUUCACUGCUCCGCAUUGACUUGGGCAAAGCAAAUGAACCCAACCAUGUAGAGUUGGGGCGCAAGGAUGAUGCUAAAGUUCACAAGAUGUUCCUGGAUCAUACUGGCUCUCAUCUGCUGAUUGCUCUAAGCAGCACUGAGGUCCUCUAUGUGAACCGUAAUGGACAGAAAGUACGGCCACUAGCACGCUGGAAGGGGCAACUGGUGGAGAGUGUAGGUUGGAACAAAGCACUGGGCACUGAGAGUAGCACGGGACCCAUCCUGGUUGGCACUGCCCAAGGCCAGAUCUUCGAAGCAGAGCUCUCAGCCAGUGAAGGUGGACUUUUUGGCCCUGCCCCAGAUCUCUACUUCCGUCCAUUAUACGUGCUAAAUGAAGAAGGGGGUCCAGCACCUGUGUGUUCGCUGGAGGCGGAGCGGGGCCCUGAUGGGCGUGGCUUUGUUAUUGCUACCACUCGGCAGCGCCUCUUCCAGUUCAUAGGCCGAGCAGCAGAGGGGGCUGAGGCCCAGGGCUUCUCAGGGCUUUUUGCUGCCUACACGGAUCACCCACCCCCAUUCCGUGAGUUUCCCAGCAACCUGGGCUACAGUGAGUUGGCCUUCUAUACCCCCAAGCUUCGCUCUGCACCCCGGGCUUUUGCCUGGAUGAUGGGGGAUGGCGUGUUGUAUGGCUCAUUGGACUGUGGCCGGCCUGACUCCCUGCUGAGUGAGGAGCGAGUCUGGGAAUACCCAGAGGGAGUAGGUCCUGGGGCCAGCCCACCCUUAGCCAUUGUCUUGACUCAGUUCCACUUCCUGCUGCUGCUGGCCGACCGGGUGGAAGCAGUGUGCACGCUGACUGGGCAGGUGGUACUGCGGGACCACUUCCUGGAGAAGUUUGGGCCACUCAAGCACAUGGUGAAAGACUCCUCCACGGGCCAGCUCUGGGCCUACACUGAGCGAGCUGUUUUCCGCUACCAUGUGCAACGUGAAGCUCGGGAUGUCUGGCGCACCUACCUGGACAUGAACCGCUUUGAUCUGGCCAAGGAGUAUUGCCGAGAUAGGCCUGACUGCCUGGAUACAGUCCUGGCCCGUGAGGCUGACUUCUGCUUUCGCCAGCGUCGCUAUCUGGAGAGUGCCCGCUGUUAUGCCCUGACCCAGAGCUACUUUGAAGAGAUUGCCCUUAAGUUCUUAGAGGCCCGACAGGAAGAGGCUCUGGCUGAGUUCCUGCAGCGAAAAUUGGCCAGUUUGAAGCCAGCUGAGCGUACCCAGGCCACACUGCUGACCACUUGGCUGACAGAGCUCUACCUGAGCCGGCUUGGGGCUCUGCAGGGUGACCCCGAGGCUCUGAACCUCUACAGAGAAACACGGGAGCGUUUCCGAGCCUUCCUCAUCAACCCUCGCCACAAGGAGUGGCUGUUUGCCAGCCGGGCCUCUAUCCAUGAGUUGCUUGCCAGUCAUGGGGACACAGAGCAUAUGGUAUACUUUGCAGUGAUCAUGCAGGACUAUGAACGGGUGGUGGCGUAUCACUGCCAGCAUGAGGCCUAUGAGGAGGCUUUGGCUGUGCUUUCCCGCCACCGUGACCCCCAGCUCUUCUACAAGUUCUCGCCCAUCCUCAUUCGGCACAUCCCACGCCAGCUGGUAGACGCCUGGAUUGAGCUGGGCAACCGUCUGGAUGCCCGGCAGCUCAUCCCUGCUCUGGUGAACUAUAGCCAGGGUGGUGAGGCCCAGCAGGUGAGCCAGGCCAUCCGCUACAUGGAGUUCUGUGUAAAUGUGCUCGGGGAGACCGAGCAGGCCAUUCACAACUACCUGCUGUCGCUGUACGCCCGCGGCCAGCCAGCCUCACUGCUGGCCUACCUGGAGCAGGCUGGGGCCAGCCCACACCGUGUGCAUUAUGAUCUCAAGUAUGCAUUGAGGCUCUGUGCUGAGCACGGCCAUCACCGUGCUUGUGUCCACGUCUACAAGGUGCUGGAGCUAUAUGAGGAAGCCGUGGACCUAGCCUUGCAGGUGGACGUGGACCUGGCUAAGCAGUGUGCAGACUUGCCUGAGGAGGAUGAGGAACUACGAAAGAAGCUGUGGCUGAAGAUUGCUCGGCAUGUGGUGCAGGAAGAGGAGGAUGUGCAGACAGCCAUGGCUUGCCUGGCCAGCUGCCCCCUACUCAAGAUUGAGGAUAUACUACCCUUCUUUCCUGAUUUUGUCACCAUCGACCACUUCAAGGAGGCGAUCUGUAGCUCACUUAAGGCCUAUAACCACCACAUCCAGGAGCUGCAGCGAGAGAUGGAAGAGGCCACAGCCAGUGCCCAGCGCAUUCGGAGAGACCUGCAGGAGCUGCGGAGCCGCUAUGGCACUGUGGAGCCCCAGGACAAAUGUGCCACUUGUGAUUUCCCUCUGCUCAACCGCCCUUUUUACCUUUUCCUGUGUGGCCACAUGUUCCACGCUGACUGCCUGCUGCAGGCCGUGCGGCCUGGCCUGCCUGCCUAUAAGCAGGCCCGGCUUGAGGAGCUGCAGCGAAAGCUGGGGGCUGCACCUCCCCCAGCCAAGGGCUCUGCCCGAGCCAAGGAAGCUGAGGGUGGGGCUGCAGCAGGAGGCCCCAGCAGAGAGCAGCUCAAAGCUGAUCUAGAUGAACUGGUGGCUGCUGAGUGUGUGUACUGUGGGGAGCUGAUGAUCCGCUCUAUUGACCGGCCCUUCAUUGACCCCCAGCGCUAUGAGGAGGAGCACCUCAGCUGGCUGUAGAAGGGUGUCCUGUGAAGAAUGGGCAGGCAUGGGGAGCCGCUACUUGGCCCUCUUGGGAACGUCAGCACUGGUCUGGGCUCAGUCAUCUUAUGGUUGUGUUGGGGAGUGGGAGUAGAACUGUCACCCUGAGGGGUCAAGGGUGAGGGCAUUCUGCCAGCUACCUGCUGUGCUUCGACCCACCUUAGAACUACUGUUACUCAGGCUGUCCACUGGAAAGGUCAGAAACUAGAUCCACUCCCACCCCUCUCUAAUAGCUCCUUUGUCCUUGUCACUCCCCACCCUGUUCACAUUUUGGAUUGUGAGUACCCUUCUUUCUUUGUGUUGUGGCCUCUGAACCGCCAACUUUUCUCCCUCAAAGGAAGCCUCCUCUCUGUCUGUGCCUAGGUGUACCAGAAGUGAAAAGACAGCCCUCUAAGUCCUAAGCACUGGCGGGGAAGGUGACACUAAUGGUGGCACUAUGAUGCACACUCUAGACCUCCAGUGUGAGGGGUGCCCUGGAGCUGGGGACCUCAUGGAGGACAGUAGGAGAUGACCAUGGGUAGAGAGCAUUAAACUGUCUGCACUGCAUUGAUGGCACUGGAGUUGAUGGCUUUGUGAUGUUGGGCUUAGUGGGGUGUGAGUGAUUUCCAGGAGGGACUGGAAUGCUACGAGGAGGCUGCCAGGGCCCUCAGACCUUCAAGCCAAGGCACAUGGUCUUUCUUCUGGAGUUGAAGACAGGAUGAUCUUGUCAGAUUCUGCUUUCUUCCUUGUCUCCCUCUGUACUUUGACUCAGUUGAGGAUUAUAGCCCAUCAUCUUAAAUCACAGUUCCCUGUGGCCAGCAGGUGGUGCUACUGACCACAGAACCCAUCCAAUUCAAUCAACUUGGAGCAUUGGUUUCUCAAGUCAUUGGUAUCCUCAUCUGUUCCCUCCCUGGUGGCCCCAAGAAUUUUCUGGAAAUCUGCACUGACUAACCAUAAUCCUAAACCUCUUGUUCUUUCCUCCACUACCCUACACAUGCAAAAUUUUACUUACCUCUGCCAGCUUGGAUCCCUGCCUUUGCUGUUUGACUUUGCUACUGCCACUAUCCAUGGCAUUUGGCUUGCUCCUCACCUUGCUCCUGUGACAUGCUCCUUCCCCAAGAUUAUACUUCUUAGUUGGAGCUGGAGGCUAAAUCUUAGGGAAUCCUAGAGCAGGGCCUUCCAGUGAUAGCAGCUCAGCACCCUUUGCUCAGUGGACAGGUGUUCAUAGUGCACUGCUAAGACUCUGUGGGUGUGAUCUAGCCGCUGGGCUGUAUUGGAACAAGAUAAUGUGUUCUAUAAGCAUGCUGGAAUCAAGCUCACCUGACUGGCAAAUGUCCCCUUCUCUUCUCCAGCCUAAUCCUCUCCCAGGAGUUUUAUCUCCUGCAGUCCUGGUUGAAUCACCCUCCUGAGUUCCCUAACCUCUAGAGUAGGAUCUCUUCAUAGUCUCUGCCAACUGAGAUGGGUGAAAGCUGCCCAUUUGAUGAGUCCCAGGCUCCCCAACUUUCCCCAGAAGCAAGAGUUGGAGCAAAUAGAGGAGAGUAAAUUGAGGUGGGGGGAGGUAGCAAGCAUCCUAAUCCUCUUCUCUUUGUACUGUUCCAGGAAGGUUUGAGGGGCUGCUGCUCCUUUCCCCAUGUAGCCUGAGGCUCCCUCACAGCUAGAUGUUACUAAAGGAGGACUCAGGGGAUUCCCUUUUCCCCACCAUCAGUGAACACUGAGUAUAAAACCUUGA